AUGACUUGGUGUGGCGCUCUAGCGUUCAACUGCGCUUUUGAAUGUUCGAACGGUGCGAAAAUUGACCUGGCCGUUUUCGCGGAUUUUCGGUUGUUCCUCAUGUCGAGCAAGAAUAUUUACUAUUCGGAAAAGUAUUACGAUGAUCUGCACGAGUACAGGCACGUGCACCUUCCGAAAGAGCUUGCCAAGAAGGUCCCGAAGAAUCGUUUGAUGUCGGAAUACGAGUGGCGGGAACUGGGAAUACAACAGUCAGCUGGCUGGGUCCACUAUAUGAUCCACGAGCCCGAGCCGCAUAUAAUCCUGUUCCGCCGGCCCCGAACGGAUAUCCCGGCACCGUCGGGAACCGCGACGAAUCAAGAAGCCGGUGCGGCCCCAAUGAAAGCUUAA